UUUACCGCUUGCCCUGCUGCUUGCCCCCCUUCUACAAAAUGCUCCUACUGAAGCUUUUAGUCCAGAAAAGAUGCUCCUCUGGCCAGACUUUCCUCCCUGUAAAGACUGCUGAGCCACAUUCAGUGAAUUUGCCCAAGUUGUUGUAUUGUCUUUACAAACUUGCUACCCGCGAAUCUAGGUAGAGGUGGGGUUUGAAAAACCAGAGAUUUGGUUUAACGAGAGGGAAUGUUUGGGGCAGCAAGUAUAAACCUCACCAAAUACUUCAGCUGAAAAUAUUCUCUGAGUUGAGCACAAGGUCCCAGCAUGGAAAGAUGUACAGGGUUGUUUUUCCUGGCACUUCUCCCUCUCCACUCUCCCAUAUGGUAGCUCCCCUAGUUCUUAAUGCCCCCUGGCAACCAUGCCCUUGUCUUGCUGGGCCUGAAUCACAGGUGUUGGGUGCUGUUUAAUUUUGAGUUAAUUGGCCUUAUUGCUGUUAGGCUCUUGUGUGGUUUCUUGAAUUCAUGAAUUAGUCAUUAAGUUGUGUUUACCAGGCAGGCACCCUGGCAAUCUGUGGUCUGUCCAGCUGACCUUCUAUUAGAAGGAUGCUGUUUGUGCAGCCUUUAGUAAACAAUGGUGGGAAAAACAGAAUUCUCUUUGGGGACCCUUUAACUGCAGCCUUUUCUUCCACCUCUUACCUUUGCAGGUGGUUUUGUGCCUUACUUGAGAAUUUUAGUGGGCUUAUCUAUCAGGGUGGGAUGCGAGCUGUGUUCUGAGACUUAACAGAGGCUUUUGUAUUAUUUUUGUAGCCACCUGUAAGGGUUGAGGAAAGUCAGUUAUUAGAUGAAUUUUCCCCAGGAGGACUCACCUCUAGAAUAAAUGAAAUUAAAUUAGAUAACUGGGAUUUCCUUCUUGGGGCAGUUGUUGUCAGGUUCUGUUUCUUUUUUUAAUACAAUUGAGAAAGCACUUGAAAUUUCAGAGUCACAAAUAUGUGUCACAAAACUCAACACAGUCUGAAAGCACAUAGAUAUUUAUGGUUUAUUAUUCUAAUUAAUGUUUAGUAAGCCUUGAGAAGCUGUCAUUUACUGUCUAUCCUGGGUAGGGGUAAAUUUCCCAGCUCAGGGUAAACAACCUGUAAUUAUGUGGUUAAUGAGAUAAGAAGCUCUAACUACUUUCUUAGAGCUUUGAAGUGCCUUUCUAACAAGUGGCUGGUAACUGAAAUGAAGGCACAAGAAUUUCAACCUUACUCCCUAGGGGUGGACUGAUGUGGUGUGGUGGCACAUUGUCUUUGAUGGUAUGUUGUGAAUGCUUCAGAUUUCUAGGUGUGAUCAUCUCAGAGUUUGAAAUCACACACUUUAUGAUUUAUGCGAGGGCAGGGUGAAUCUAGUUAAUUGAGCGGGUUGUAAGCUUUUAAACCCCCAACUUGGACCAACUUGUCUUAUUCACUGGUUUUGUUUAUACAAGGAGUAACCAACAGUGCCUUACAUGCACUUAAAAAAAAAAACUUUCUGGUAAUAAAAAUUAAUAUUGGUUUAAAAUAAAACUUAACCAAUUCAAUGCAUGGACUGACCAUUUCUGAACUAGAUUAUGAACACAACUUAUGCUGUUGCUGUGUCUUGGCUGUUGGCUUAAAAACCUCAGCAGAAAGUGUCAUAUUGGUUGUAAUUUUUCUUCCGUGAAAUAAGAGAUGGGUUUCAUUUCUGGGUGAAGCAUUGUAAUUGUCUUGUACUUUCAGUUCUGGUUAGAUUAGAUAGACAGUAGAAACAAAGAGGGAAUAUGAAGGUAGGAGAGGUAUUACUUUAAUGUGAUAUGUAGAAAAAAUAUACAGGGUUUUCUAUUUUCUGGGGGUUAGAGCACAUGCUAGAGAUUAAAAAGAAGUAAAAGCUAGGAAAUUAAUCAAAUAACACAUUACCUAUAAACAUUACAAUAUUUGUAAAGCAUAUCAAAGGCUGUAUAAAGUUGGGACAUUCAGAGCCAAUCUAUAUGCCUCAGUGAUAGUUGGGUCAUACGGAGUCAUUAUCAUAAGGAAGUGAUGUAUCUCUGAAGGAGGUAUAAGUAGUCUCUAGCUGCUUAUAUGAGAAGCCAUAGAUUGUUUAAGCCCGGUCCCCUAGCAGACAGUGGCAAUGUGUACCAUGCAUUUCUGAGAAAUAAAGCCGGGAAAUGUACAGCAAAACAACGGAACUUAGUAUAUAAGCAAUUUAAGAAAUAUGACAUGAGGAGGGUCCAACGAUCUGAACAGCAGUCGUAGUCACGUGCAAUUCAUGUAUACUGGCGUUGUGCUUAGAAAUCUCUUAGGAUAGCAGUUUUAUUAUGUGGCCAUUGUGACCAAGAAUACUGAUUGUUUCACCCAGUUUGGGAAGCUAACUGUGAAUGUAUAAUCAUGCUAAGUUUGAUUUGUUCUCUGCUGGGUGUGCAUUAAUUAUUGGGAUCAUGGUUUGUCCUUUUCUGCCAGGGUGCACAGAAAAGGCUUCUUGAGUGCCUUAAAGGGAAGGCUCCCUCUUGCUGGGCAGAGGUCUAUGAAGGCCGCUGGGGCUAAGACUCUCCCAUACUGGCCAGAAAGGGAAGCCGGAAGGACUUGGACUCGCUGAUUUUUGCUGACACCAUUCAGUCCUGCUGCUGGAAACCUUUAAUGAGCUGGCGUUUCAGAACCGCGUGGCAGGGCAGGCUGCUUUCUCAGACACACACAGCUCUGACGGCUGGCUUCCCUUAGCUCACCGAAGCUCUUUCUGCCUGGCCGGGAGGAUCUCCUGGCUGACUUGCCACUGGACCCAGGAAGGCAGGAGCAUCAGCCAUUAGGCUGGCCCAGUGCUCAAGAUAAACAUGAAGAUACUUAGCGGAGCAAGACCUGGAGGCAGGCACACAGCCUCUCCUCAGUGCAGCGUUUCAGGCAUGUGGGUUUGUGUUUGGAAUUGGAGAGAAGGUGCUCUGAUGAUCCAGCAGGCUUUGAGCUCCAGUGGCAUACUAAUUUUUUUUUUUUCCUGUUGCUGGGAUUGCCUUCCGUUGACUAUGGAAGCAGAGGAAUCGCAACGGGAAUCAUUUCCUGUGCUUACAUCAUGCCGAGCCUUCCUUGUCACAGCACGAAUCCCCACCAAGCUCGAGGUAACCUUCAGCUACCUGGAGAUUCACGGUGUCCUGUGCAGGAAGCCAACUCAGAUGGUUGUGGAAACUGAGAAGUGCAGCAUCUCCCUGAAGAUGGCAUCACCUGAGGACGUGAGUGAGGUGCUGGCGCACAUCGGCACCAGCCUGCGGAAGAUCUUUCCUGGCUUCUCCCCAUUGAGAAUCAUGAAAAAAGUCUGCAUGGAGCCAUCUGAGCGACUGGCCAGUCUCCAGGCUCUGUGGGACAGCCAGACUGUGGCCGAGCAGGGCCCCUGUGGUGGAUUUUCUCAGAUGUAUGCCUGUGUUUGUGACUGGCUUGGAUUUUCAUACAGGGAAGAAGUACAAUGGGAUGUGGAUACAAUUUAUCUGACACAAGACACCAGGGAAUUGAAUUUACAAGACUUCAGUCAUCUUGACCACAGGGACCUAAUACCUAUCAUUGCUGCUCUGGAAUACAAUCAGUGGUUCACUAAGGUGUCCUCUAAGGAUCUAAAACUGUCCACUGAUGUCUGCGAACAGAUCUUGAGGGUGGUGAGUAGGUCCAAUCGACUGGAAGAACUGGUGUUGGAAAACGCUGGACUCAGAACAGAUUUUGCACAAAAACUGGCCAGUGCUCUAGCACAUAAUCCCAACUCAGGACUCCAUACGAUUAACCUUGCUGGCAACCCACUGGAGGAUCGAGGUGUGUCGUCUUUAAGUAUUCAGUUUGCCAAACUCCCAAAGGGAUUAAAGCAUUUAAAUUUAUCUAAAACCUCAUUGUCACCUAAAGGGGUGAAUAGCCUUUCUCAGUCACUCAGUGCCAACCUGUUGACCGCCACCACUCUUAACCAUCUGGACCUCUCAGGGAACAUCCUUCGCGGAGAUGACCUCUCGUCCAUGUACAGUUUUUUGGCCCAGCCAAAUGCCAUUGCUCAUCUGGAUUUGUCCAAUACAGAAUGUUCCCUGGACAUGGUCUGUGGAGCUCUUCUCCGUGGCUGCCUUCAGUAUUUAGCUGUGCUCAAUCUCUCCAGAACUGUCUUUUCUCACCGGAAAGGAAAAGAAGUACCCCCAUCUUUCAAGCAGUUUUUUAGUAGUUCUCUGGCUCUGAUGCAAAUCAACCUUUCAGGCACAAAACUGUCUCCUGAGCCCUUAAAAGCGCUGUUAUUGGGCCUGGCUUGUAAUCAUAACUUGAAGAGAGUUUCUCUUGAUCUCAGCAACUGUGAGCUUGGCCAUUGUCUGAGAUCUGGAGGUGCGCAGGUAUUAGAAGGCUGCAUCGCCGAAAUCCACAACAUCACUAGCCUAGACAUCUCCGAUAAUGGUUUAGAAUCUGACCUAUCUACCUUAAUAGUGUGGCUCAGUAAAAACAGAUCCAUACAACACCUGGCGUUAGGCAAAAAUUUUAAUAAUAUGAAAUCCAAAAAUCUGACACCUGUGUUGGACAACUUAGUACAGAUGAUUCAAGAUGAAGAAUCACCUCUGCAGUCCUUGUCCCUGGCUGACUCGAAACUCAAGAACGAGGUCACCAUCAUCAUCAAUGCCCUGGGAAGCAACACCUCCCUGACCACAGUGGACAUCAGUGGGAAUGGCAUGGGGGACAUGGGGGCAAAGAUGCUGGCCAAAGCGCUGCAGAUCAACACCAAGCUCAGGACUGUUAUAUGGGACAAGAACAACAUUACUGCCCAAGGCUUUCAAGAUAUAGCUGUUGCUAUGGAAAAGAACUACACGUUGAGAUUUAUGCCAAUUCCUAUGUAUGAUGCUUCUCAAGCCUUAAAAACAAACCCUGAAAAAACAGAAGAGGCUCUGCAGAAGAUAGAAAACUAUCUGCUCCGGAAUCACGAGACUAGAAAAUACCUUCAAGAGCAGGCCUACCGCCUACAGCAGGGCAUCGUCACCAGCACCACGCAGCAGAUGAUUGACAGAAUAUGUGUGAAAGUACAAGAUCAUCUCAACUCUUUACGAAACUGUGGGGGAGAUGCUGUCCAGGAAGAUCUAAAAUCAGCAGAAAGGCUCAUGCGUGAUGCUAAGAACUCUAAAACGUUGUUACCAAAUUUAUACCACGUUGGUGGUGCAUCUUGGGCGGGAGCCAGUGGCUUGUUAUCCAGUCCAAUUCAGGAGACCCUGGAAUCAAUGGCCGGAGAAGUUACGAGAGUUGUAGAUGAACAACUCAAGGCGUUGCUUGAGUCCAUGGUUGAUGCUGCCGAGAAUCUUUGUCCCAAUGUGAUGAAAAAAGCCCACAUUCGGCAAGACCUGAUUCAUGCCAGCACUGAAAAGAUUUCCAUCCCACGUACCUUUGUUAAAAAUGUCCUGUUGGAGCAGUCUGGAAUUGAUAUCCUUAACAAAAUUAGUGAAGUGAAGUUGACAGUGGCCUCCUUCCUAUCUGACCGAAUCGUGGAUGAAAUUCUGGAUGCACUUUCACACUGCCAUCACAAACUGGCCGACCAUUUCAGCAGACGUGGCAAGGCCCUUCCUCAGCAAGAUUCCUUGGAGAUCGAGCUGCCUGAGGAGAAGCCCGUUAAACGCUCCAUCAUCAUGGUGGAGGAGCUCACAGAGAUAGAACGUUUGGAAGAUCUGGAUACUUGUAUGAUGACUCCUAAAUCCAAAAGGAAGACUAUCCAUAGCCGAAUGCUGCGGCCUGUUUCCAGGGCAUUUGAAAUGGAAUUUGACCUUGAUAAAGCCCUGGAAGAAGUGCCAAUUCACAUUGAAGACCCGCCUUUCCCAUCCAUCAGACAAGAGAAGCAGAGCUCAGGGUUUAUCUCUGACUUGCCGUCCGAGGAAGGAAAGAAGCUGGAGCACUUUACCAAGUUAAGACCAAAACGGACUAAGAAGCAGCAAUCCACGCACGCAGCGGGCUGUGCUACCAGCCUAGUCUCCCAAGAUGGUGAACAGAAUGGUCUUAUGGGGAGAGUGGAUGAAGGUGUAGAUGAAUUUUUCACCAAGAAGGUGACCAAAAUGGAUUCCAAGAGAGGGUCAGCAAGAGGCUCAGAGUCCCAUGAGCUUAGUGAAGGAGGAGACGAGAAGAAAAAGCGAGACUUUCGGAAAAGUGGCUUUCUCAACUUAAUCAAACCCCGGACCAAACCUGAGCGGUCACCAACGGUCUUGAUGACAGAAGAACUCUCCUCUCCAAAGGCAGGAGUCAGAAGUCCAGCUGUGGACACACCCAGGAAGGACACGAAGCCAGCCGAGCACAAUGGCAGUGCUGAUCGGGUAGAGGAGAUCAAAACACCUGACUCCCUAGAAGAAAGUCAAGGGGAAGACGUGGGGAAGGUGGACCGGAGUGAGAGCAAGGGCAGCCCCCAAGGAGGGCGAAGGUACAGGGUCCAAAUGAUGGGCAGCGGGCUGCUGGCGGAGAUGAAGGCCAAGCAGGAGAUGAAAGCCAAGGCUGCUUGCUCACUGAAGAAACUUGGAAAUGAUGCCGUCUCCCAGGAUUCUUCCAGCCUGGCCUUGAGCAGCACAGAAUGGUUGGAUGGAGGUGGGGCAGUGCCUAAAGUGCAUCCAGAGAACCGCUUCGGUUUGGGAACACCAGAAAAGAACACCAAAGCAGAGCUCAAGGUGGAGGCGGGCUCCAGGUCCCGGAGCUUUUCCAGCAGGCCCACCAGCCCGAAGCCCCUCCUGCAGUCCCCCAAACCCAGCCUGUCGGUGCGGCCCACCAUCCCGCAGAAACCGAGAACCGCCUCGCGGCCUGAGGACAUCCCAGACUCUCCAUCCAGCCCGGAUUCCCCUAAAGUCGCUCUUCUUCCGCCUGUCCUGAAAAAGGUUCCUUCGGACAAGGAGAGAGAUAGCCAGGGCAGCCCACAGCCCAGUCCCAGGACGUUUUCCCGGGAAGUGCAAAGAGGAGAUUAUUACAAAAGGCAUUCAGAUCAUGACAGUGGCAAGCCUUCCAGUAGAGGGAAAAGACCUUCAAAACUGUACUCCACCAUUGCAGAAGAGGAAGUGAAUGCAAUUGGGCACAGGAGGUCACAGCCAACAAAUGUGUCCAGGAGAAGCUGGGGCCAGCAGGCCCAGGAGUGUCAAGAACAAAAGCAGUGGUCCUCCAGUAAAGAUGGCCAGCAAGGCAGCAAAUCCAGUGACUCUGGGGAAGAAGCAGAAAAAGAGUUUAUUUUUGUGUAACGGUCACCCACGUAGAAGUCUUACCAUGCGGGGUGCGUUUGCUGGCCAUCAGAGAGGAGCCAAGGGCAACACCUCUUCCUACUUCCUAAGCAUCUUCUCUUGGUGCUUUUUCCUUUGUCCUUCCCCACCCCACCCCCCCUCACCAAAACUGAAACAGAUCCAUCUCUCGGUAAUCAAAGCACAUGUCUGAUCUUCUCCCAACCCUUAGCAUUUGAUUUCUAUGCAUUCCUUCAUAUGCCUUCAGUGAAUGCCAGCAAUUAUCCCAUGGGCCCUACUUGAAUUUCUCUGAGGCAGCUACAGUUUGCCCUGUAAGAUGAGUUUUGGGAGGUAAACUAAGUAACUGGACACAAACUCACAAGUAACACCAUCCAGCUGACCCUGGGGUACUGCUGCACGUACCUGUGUCAAAUCUGCACUUGACUUGAUAGAGCAAUUUAUUCUUGAUGUAUGCAAUUGCACACUGUAAUUAUAUUAACAGAGCACACUAAUAAUUUGUAUAAAUUAUAUAUAUUAGAUCUUGGGUAUGGUUUUUGCAUUCUCCCAUGGGGAACUUCUUCCUUCCCGAUGUGGAAUUGUACAUUUUAACUUGGUCUGGUGACCUUUGUGAUACCAUCAACAAGCAAGUUAAGAACCGAGUGAAAGGCCCGUGGCUGAUUCUGUCAUGUGCCCAGAUUAAUGUAUAUAGUUGACUGGAAUGAGGUUUUAUGAAUAAUCGUGUUUUUUGAAGGCCUUUAAUUUCUGUCUGCAUAUUAGCUUUUAACGUGUGAUUAAGAGAGAAUACUUUGACACCUGUAAAAAAAUCAAACUACUACUUUUUAAGACAUUUCACAAAUAUUCACUUACAUUACACGCUGAAGGUAUUUUAUGCAUAUGUAUAUUUAUACCAAUAAAAUGAUUUUACAA